CGAGUACUCGAGUAACGAUUACUUACUUUUUCAACGCCUCUACUACCGAUUUAAUUUUUGUCGGUUCGACUUCGACAACACUGCUCGGCGUCGAUCGGGGUUGAACGUCGACUUGACAUUUUGCCAAACAUUGAUAAAAAAAACAUGCAAAUAAAUAAACUAAAAUUCAUAUAAAACCCAUCAGAUAUGGAUCUGGUAACUCAAACUAGUCUAGAAGCCUUAUUAUUAAAAGCAACAAACUCUAAAAACCAAAACAUUGAUACAGCUGCAGUGGAAGCCUUUGCGGCUCUUAUCAAUAAAGAAAAAGAUGGGGCACAUAUCGGGGUAAAAGUAAUUGCUGCCACACUACCCACUGGUAGUGAAAAGGAGGUGCUACAAACCUUGAAUAUACUUGAUUCUUGUAUGAGUAAGUGCGGCACCCACUUUCAAAAUGAAGUCGGAAAAUUUCGGUUCCUCAAUGAGAUGAUAAAGUUGGUAUCGCCGAAGUAUCUUGGCUCAGAGACGCCCCUCUCUGUCAAGCAGAAGGUUCUGCAGCUGCUAUAUGUUUGGACAUUGGACUAUCCAAAAGAAACAAAGAUUAAAGAAGCAUUUGAUAUGUUGAGGAAGCAGGGUGUCAUAAGGGAAAUUCCUAAUCCCAAUGUGCCAUCAUAUGAGCCCCUAACCAUGCCUAAAAAGAAACCAACAGGCUUUGAUAGCUCUGUAUUUCAUGAUGAGGGAAAAUCAAAGAUAUUACAGAAGUUGUUACAGAGUAAGGACCCAGAAGAUAUUCAAGCAGCUAAUUGGUUAAUCAAAAGUAUGGUCAAAGAGGAUGAUAAAAGAGCUGAACUAAAGAAAAUAUCUGAAUUACAAUCUGUGCAGUAUCAUGUUAAACUUCUGAAUGAAAUGCUAGAUAAUUAUGAACCAACAAAGUCUACUGCUGGUGAACUCGAUCUCAUUAAAGAGUUACAUGACAACUGUGAAAGGUUGAGACCAACUAUAAAUAAGUUAGCUUUAGAAACACAAGACAGUGACGGAAUGCUUGGUGCUGUUUUAGAAACGAAUGAUGAAAUAUCAUCAGUAUUUCAUAAAUAUAACGUACUAAUUCUACAAAGCCAAGCAGCGUCUUCAAAAGCACCGAAUGGAAUGCAGAGCUCUCUUUUGCAUUUUGAAUGCGAUGAUUCGUCAACUAUUCAAAACGCAUGUAAAGCAGAGCCGAAGUCAUCAGUUGAUGUUCUAUGUGAUAUUUUGACUGCUACUACCAUACCUGAUAAUAGUGGAGAAGUACUAAAACCCGUUUCAGUAUUAAAUUGUGUUUCCGAGAUCCCAAUGGUCAAGUUUGAAAUACCCUGUAUAUGCACCCGAGAGAUUGCCAUUUUAAAUAUAAAUUCAACGUCAUGUAUCUCAAUAAAAUAAGCGUUUGUGAUGAUGACAAAGAAAUGCGACAAAACAAAUUCAAAGCCUUGGAGGAUCUAGAUGUGCUUGGUGAGCAAUUCUUAAAGGAGAACCUCCAGGGAAUCCGCUCUGGACUUUUCAGUAAAUCUCAUGACAAAGUGCCCAUGAACCUAUUGACCAAGUCAGGAGAGAAAGAUACACCCACUGUACUUGCUGAAACUUUGAAUUUAGACUUAAACUACCUGCUUCAAGCAAAUAAUAAAAUGAACACGUCAUCAGAAGAAUCAAAAAAUGCUAUGGAUAGUAGUGAUGAUUUUCUUGUAGAUAUUAGUGACGAAAAAAUGUUGGUUGUGGAUAAAGCUUCAAAUGUUGGAUCUCCUAGUAUACCGAACAUGAAUAAUGAAAAAAAAACAAUCCAAGACUCAAAAAGGCACGACAUAAAACUGAGCGAUGUUUUCGUGAAAUUGGAGGAUAUUAGGCCCAGCAAUAUACCACCAAUUACUUUGAUGGAAGAGAAAAAUAAGAUUUCCGUAACUUUACACAUAUCCAAAGAUAAACCAAAGGAUUUCGUGAAUGUGUACGUUCUGACUGCAGAGUGUAAACUUAAACUACAACCUCCAUCAUCCACGAAUCUUCCUGCUUACAACCCAUUUUUACCUCCAAGUGCUAUAACCCAAAUAAUGAUCAUUGCUAAUCCUGACUCGACGAAGCUGACAUUGAAAUUUGUGAUCAGCUAUGUGAUGGAUGAUGAAACUAUCACGGAAAUGGGCGAAGUUGAUGAACUACCUACUCUUCAAGAAUAAACUUCAAAACACAGGUUUAUCAUCUGCUCAGCGAAAGAAUGCAAGGAAGGAAACGGUGAGAACUACCAGAGAAACCGGUAGAUGUUACGGUGUUAACCAUUCCAGAUCUUUU